UUCAACUCCCAGCGAUUCGGCAACCGAGUUUUUGCAGAGUCCCACAGCAAUUUAGGGAGAGAGAGAGCCGGCGGAUAUCAGAUUCAGUUUCAGUUUCAGUUUCAGCUCCGGAGAAGACAAGAUGAACACUGACAUUACAGCAUCGACCAAGCCGGAGUACCCGGUAAUAGAUCGGAACCCUCCAUUCACCAAAGUCGUCGGCAAUUUUGACACUCUCGAUUACCUUCGUUUCGUCACCAUCACCGGCGUUUCCGUUACCGUCGGCUAUCUUUCCGGGAUUAAGCCCGGGAUUAGAGGACCGUCAAUGGUGACCGGCGGUCUAAUUGGACUGAUGGGAGGCUUCAUGUAUGCUUAUCAGAACUCGGCCGGUCGGCUUAUGGGGUUUUUCCCCAAUGAAGGCGAGGUAGCUCGUUACAAGAAAUAAGAUUGUGCGUUUUAGGGUUUUUUCUUCUUCUGAAUUUCGAGUUCUAUUUGUGGACAUUUUUACGAUGUUCUACUUAUUAACCAUGCGACCGGGUUGUGUCAAUAAGCUAAAUGAAGCUUCAUUCUGUUUCUGUUUUGCUCCUUUUCGUCUAAAUGAAAUAGUUGAAGACUUCACAUGA